GUCGCAGGAAUCCAAGGACCGCUAUAUUGUGGCUCAGGAUGCUUCCAUACUAGAAGAGUUAUGUACGGUUUAUCUUCAGAUGAUUUUGAAAACAACGGAAAUCUUUCGGUGGUUGCUACAAAGUUUUUGGAUGAGGAUAGUUUAGCGAGAAAAUUUGGGAGUUCGAAAGAGUUGGUCGAAUCGAUUGUGGAAGCACUGCAAGGAAAAUCAAAUCCCAGAACUACCCUUACAAACUUCAUAGAAGCGGCUCAAAUGGUGGGACAUUGUCACUACGAACACCAAACCGAUUGGGGAAAAACUCUCGGUUGUUUAUAUGAUUCUGUGGCGGAAGAUAUGAACACAAGUAUCGGAAUCCAUUUGAGAGGAUGGACUAGCUCAUACAUUUGUCCAGAUCCACCUGCUUUUCUUGGAUCUACGCCAUCGGUGGGAUUGGAGGCGAUAGUCCAGCAGCGGCGAUGGGGGACGGGAGCGAUCGAAGUCCUUUUUAACAAGCAAAGCCCGUUAAGAGGAAUGUUUAGCAGCAAAAUAAGAUUCCGACAACGAUUAGCUUAUCUUUGGAUUCUAAUGUGUCUAAGGUCAAUCCCUGAGCUAUUUUAUUGUCUCUUGCCUGCGUAUUGCCUGCUUCGCAACACGGCCUUAUAUCCCAAGGGACCUUGUCUAGCCAUAACUGUCACACUGGUGGCGAUACACUGCCUCUAUACUCUAUGGCAAUUUAUGAACAUUGGUUUUUCAGUACGAUCGUGGUAUGUCUCUCAGUCACUUUGGAGGAUUCUAGCCACUUGUGGUUGGUUAUUUAGCCUCCAUGAUAUCAUACUUAAACUUCUUGGAAUCUCGCAAGUCGGGUUCGUAGUUGCUAAAAAGACUAUCCCUAAGACCAUGCCAAUAUCCGGGUAUGAACCAAUCCAAAGAGAAGAUGAUGGUCCAAACUCAUACAUAGGUAAAUUUGAGUUUGAUAACUCGUGCCAUUUCGUUCCUGGCACAUUUAUUAUGUUGGUGAAUAUGGCCGCUCUAGUCAGUAAUUUUGUGGGUCUUCAGCGGUCAAGUUGUCAUCGUGGAGGAGGUCGUUCAGGUUUGGCAGAGAAUUGUGCAUGUAUUCUGGUGGUUUUGUUGUUUCUUCCAUUUCUAAAGGGUUUAUUUGCGAAGGGAAAAUAUGGCAUCCCGUUGUCUACCCUUUCUAAAGCUGCCGUUUUAGCAAUGUUAUUUGUUGUUUUUGCCGUGGGAUAUUAGUUAGCUAUAUGGUAUAUUAUGCAAAUAAGCUAUCUUUAUCAAGACAUUUUCUUCAGUUUAUAAUUAAU